CUAAGAAAUUAUACAAAUAAAACGGAAAUUUCAUGAAAGACAACGGAGCGUUCGCGUUUCCCAAAGUUUUUCCUAGUGGAAUUGUUCGUCUCCUGCGGACACGGUUCUGUUGCCUCCAACGUUGCAAUAAGGGAAUGGCACGUGAUGACCAGCUGCGCGCGGGACAUAGCCUAAUGUCUAAAUAUUCACCUUUUUCUGUGAUUGUGCUGAUCUAAGACCUCCGGACAGCGAUCAGUCAUUUGUAUUGAAGUGGGAGAAAAUCUCCUCUGAUCCCGUUUGUCUUCGCCUAAGAGAUGUUGCACUUGCACAGCGAUUCCAGGAAGAUGUACGUGUGCUUGGGGGGACCAUUCAAUCGCUGCCUCAAGCUCCAGUCAGCUUGUUUUAAGUCUUUGGUCAUCAAUUUUUAGCAUCGCCUUUCUCCCGAACUCGUCACAUUACGGUUAACACGCGCAUUUUAAAGGGGAUCCUGUGGUCAGUGCUGAACUUGUUGAACACUUACAAAGACUGGACAGUUCACCGUGAAUUGAGGGCAAACCUAAAAAUAGAGCCUGGGUGGCGUUGCCGGGCGGAACAGAAACAUGAUUGACAGCAAACAAAACUGAGCAGCCUGUCACUCAUCUCUCCAUCAGCGUGUCAAAAGGCUCCUCCCGGGGCUCUCACCUCUCUCCUCCUCCACACCUACUUCUCCUCCCACCAUCCUCUCCUCCUUCUCUCAUCUGCUGGAAGGGGCAGUAACCCCGAUCCUCGGCGUGCCGUGAUUCCCCCGUUCCCACCCGGCCAGAGAGAGAGACGUCAGAGACCAAGGGAGUUGGGAGAGGACUCCAGAUCAAAACAAGUGGUGCCCCCCUCCCCCCUCAUCAAGCUGUCAACAGCAGGCUGGCAUGCUGCCACAGUUCCUUGGCUCCUCUCGCCGUAAAGGUUGGAUUAUUUCAUAAACUCUUCUGUCUCUGUGUUUUUGGGAGAGAGGAAAGAGAGGGGAUUCCUCAUUGAGAAAGAAACAUCCCUUUUCUAGAGACCCAGCGUGACUGACAGGAAGUAGCCAUGCGUUUCCCACUGUUGUUGACACUGCAGGCGCUGUGGGCCAGUGUGUGCCAGACCAUGCAGCAUUAUCCUGCUGCCUGGGGACACUACGACGUGUGUAAGUCUCAGGUGUACACAGACGAAGGACUCACCUGGGAUUACAUGGCCUGCCAACCCGAGGCCAUGGACAUGACCAAGUACCUGAAGGUUACGGUGGACCCACCCAACAUCACCUGUGGAGACCCACCUGAGACAUACUGUGCCCUGGAGAAUCCUUACAUGUGUAACAACGAAUGCGACGCCCAAAACGAGGACCUGGCCCACCCUCCGGAGCUCAUGUUCGAUUUCGAGGGUCGCAACCCCACAACCUUCUGGCAGUCCAGUUCCUGGAAGAGAUACCCCAAGGCCCUCCUGGUCAACAUCACGCUGUCCUGGAAAAAAACCAUUGAGCUGACUGAUGACAUCGUGGUCACCUUCGAGUCCGGCCGCCCGGAACAGAUGAUUCUGGAGAAGUCGCUGGACUACGGUAAGACCUGGCAACCCUACCAGUUCUACGCCACAGACUGUCUAGACGCCUUCACCAUGGAGCACAAGACUGUCCAGGACCUGACCCAGCACACCCUCCUAGACAUCAUCUGUACCGAGGACUACUCCAGGGGCUACGUGUGGAAGAAUGCUAAAACCGUCCGCUUCGAGAUCAAGGACCGUUUCGCACUGUUCGCCGGUCCACACCUCCACAACAUGGCAUCCCUCUACGGUCAGUUAGACACUACCAAGAACCUGAGGGACUUCUUCACCAUUACAGACCUGAGGGUCCGGCUCCUCCGACCGGCCACCGGGGCCACCAUGGUGGAUGAGAACAAUCUGUCCAGAUACUUCUACGCCAUCUCUGAUAUCAAGGUGCAGGGCAGGUGCAAGUGUAACCUUCACGCUAACAGCUGUGUGUUCGACAAAGAGAAGCUAAGUUGUGAGUGUGAGCACAACACCACGGGGCCGGACUGCGGCCGCUGUAAGAAGAACUACCAGGGACGCACGUGGAGCGCAGGAUCCUACCUUCCCAUCCCCAAGGGCACGGCAAAUACCUGUAUCCCCAGUAACAUUGGUCCAGUUAACUGCGAAUGCUUCGGCCACUCCAAGCGCUGCAGCUACAUCGAGCUGCUAAACUCUGUCAUUUGCGUGAGCUGUAAGCACAACACUAGGGGCCAGCACUGCCAGGAUUGCAAGCAGGGCUACUUCCGAAAUAACUCUGCAGAGCCGGAAGAUGAGAAUGUGUGUAUAGACUGUAGUUGUAAUCCCUCUGGCUCAGACAGUGUUCGCUGUAAUGGCACAGGAUUUUGUAAAUGUAAGGAGGGAACUACAGGGGCUAAGUGUCGAGAUUGUCUGCCGGGAUAUUUGUGGGACAAUGGCUGCAAAUGCGUCAUCAGACAGGUCAACCUCUCACUGGACGUUUCAACUCCUAACCUGGAACGUCCUCAAGAUGCCCGAGUGUGUGACAACGAGCUCCUGCGCUGUCAGAACGGCGGUGUAUGUCUGAACAGCCUGCGGUGCCAGUGUACCCCGGCCUUCACGGGCCUGCUGUGUGAGAAGCCCCGCUGUGAGUCGGAGCUGGGGGGCUGUGGUGGGCCCAACUCGGGCCAAGCCGCCCUCUCGCCUACAUCGCUCCCCACCUUGCUGCUGCUCCUGCUGGGCUGGACGCUCCUCAGAAGGGCCUCGUACUGGCCCUGGCCUGCUCUGCUCUGAGAACCAUAGACCUAGUCUGAAGUGGUGGAGCGUACUGCCCAAUUACCAACUACAGCUACAACAACAACCAGAACUACAACUACAACCAGAACUACAACUACAACCAGAACUACAACUACA